AUGGCGACAACAUGCAAUGAAGCUGGUCUCGAGGUGGACAAUUACCAGGACCAAGCAGCAAAAGCACCAGAGGUCGAUCUCCGGUAUUUUGACACGCACAAGAGCAGACCAUCAGACUACGUGCACGUCGUUCAACAAAAGAAAUUGCCCUUUGGCUGGAGCUUGUGGGUAUUGCCCACACUUGCCGCCGUCGUCUCCGCCCUGGUCAUCGGCGCCGGCGUAGGAGGAGCCCCGACCGACACCGCCGCAUGCACGACUGCUGGCUCGGGCGAUGAAGAUGCCAGCAAUGAUGGCAAUGGUUAUGCGCCCAAGUUGCCACAAGAUGCCACCAACCUGACUCAACCCGCUGAGUGCGCGGAGCGCGGGGGACCCAACGAGCACACAGCCGUCAGCGGACUCAAGUAUCAAUUCUAUUGCGGGAUGGAUGCUCCUUGGAGUGGUGAGAUCAAAGACCGGACAGCCCUUGUGACAUACACGUUCUCUGAUUGUGUAGAAGCCUGUGCGAGAAUGAAUGAGUUUGUCGUCAGGAACAAUAAUGGCAGCCGCUGGGACAGCCUUGUAUUCGGUUGGCAGAUGUCAAAGGAAUUGGAGAAUCAUGAAGCCAACUGUUGGCUGAAAGGUGGGACGGCGGCGGAGAAGAUCAGUUUCAACCAGCCUGAGUACAUUUACGCUGAGACGCCCGAGUGA